AUGGCUUUCCCGGACAAGCCAAUCGCUCAUCUACUAGGAUCUAACGGCCCCAUCCACGCGCUCGCGUACUCGGCCUCCCCGGGGACCUACAUCCUAGCCGGGUCCGCGGACCGGUCUAUCAGGCUGUACAACCCGCAGCCCAGCACGUCGAUCCACCCCUCAAGCUCUCAUAUCGCCAACCAGAAGAGCGGUUCUGGGCCUCCUCCGGGAUCUACAGUACCGGAAGGCCGCCUGAUCCAGACGUACUCGGCGCACGGGUACGAGGUCCUCUCGCUGAGCGUCGCCGCGGACAACGCGCGGUUCGCGUCGUCGGGCGGGGACCGCGCGGUCUUCCUGUGGGACGUGGCGACGGCGCAGACUCUGCGGCGCUUCGGCGGCGGCCAGCAGAGCCACACGGCGCGCAUCAACUGCGUGGCGUUCGCGGGCGAGGACGACUCCCUGCUCGUCAGCGGCGGCCUCGACACCACGGUGCGCGUCUGGGACGUCAAGAGCAACUCCCUCAAGCCCGUGCAGGUCCUGGCCGAGGCGCGCGACUCCGUCUCCGCGGUCGCCGUGCGCGGGCCCGAGAUCGUCGCCGGCAGCGUCGACGGGCGCGUGAGGACGUACGACGUGCGCAUGGGCCGGUGUACGACGGACGUCAUCGGGCCGAGCGUUACGAGUUUGUGCUUAACGAAAGAUGGGAAGGCUGUUUUGGUGAGCAGUCUAGAUAGCAAACUACGUUUGAUGGACAGGGAGAGCGGAGGGUGUCUUAAGACGUACUCGCAUCCCGAUUGGAAGAAUGAAGAUUUACGGGUCCAGUCUAUCCUAGGUGGAAAGGAACAGUAUGUCCUGACGGGAGAUGAAAUGACAGGCGCUCCGGGUCGACAUGGAGAAGGGAGGAUAUGGGCUUGGGAUGUUCUUACGGGAGAGUUGAAAGCUAAAGUAGCUGUACCCUGGGGACCUGCUGGUCUUGGGCCGAAGAAGUCUAUUGGAAAGGACGGCAAGCCGAAAGAACGCAGUAAUAUUCUAAGUUGCUUUGCUUGGAGGGAGAACGGAUUUGGAGAUCAAUUUUGCGUUAGUGGUACAUCUGGUAUUGUCACAGUAUUCGGGUAUAAUUGA